AUGGGCUACUUUCGAAUGCGCCUCCCCGACGCAGCGAAUCAGUUCGUCGUCUUCUCUCCUCCCGAACUUGAAUCAAUGGGUAACUAUCGUUGGGGCAGGGCAGCGGUCGCGCGCAGGGGUUGUUCCGUCCGAAGACCAGUCCCUGCACAGAGUCUGGACCUAAAGCACUUGGUCGACCAGAAAGAGGUGGAUUAUAUCGAUUGCAAGGAGAGGAAGGGGAGAAGAGAUACUGCCCUCAUCCGGGGAACGUCGCGAGACAAGACUGAUGCUAGUGAAAGAGAAGCGCCGUGA